CAGUAGGAAGAUGGCGGCGGCCCCGCUGUACUGUGUCUGCCGGCAGCCCUACGAUGUGAGCCGGUUUAUGAUCGAAUGCGACAUCUGUAAGGACUGGUUUCACGGCAGCUGUGUUCACGUUGAGGAGCACCAUGCUGUGGAUAUCGACGUUUACCACUGUCCAAACUGUGAUGUCAAACACGGACCCUCCCUGAUGAAAAGGCGCAACAACUGGCACAGGCAUGACUACACAGAGCCAGACGACGGAUCAAAGCCGGUGCAGGCGGGCACCUCAGUGUUUGUUAAGCAGCUGCAGCAAAGGACCUUCCCGAGUGCCGAGGAGAUCCUCAUACGGAUGAAGGGCGAGCAGGUGACCACCAGGUACUUGGAGAGACACGGCUUCAACUACCCCAUCGCCAUCACAGAGAUGGAAGGCCUGGGUCUAAAGCUGCCCCCGCCCACUUUCUCUGUAAAAGACGUGGAGCAGUAUGUGGGUGGUGACAAAGUUAUUGACGUGAUCGAUGUAGCGCGGCAGGCAGACAGCAAGAUGAAACUCAGCGAAUUUAUCAAGUAUUUCACCAAACCCCAUCGUCCCAAAGUCCUCAAUCUCAUCAGCCUGGAGUUCUCUGACACAAAGAUGUCAGAGUUGGUGGAGGUUCCUGAUGUGGCUAAGAAAAUGUCCUGGGUGGAGAACUACUGGCCUGACGACUCGUUCUUCCCAAAACCCUUCGUCCAGAAGUACUGCCUUAUGGGGGUUAAAGACAGCUACACGGACUUCCACAUAGACUUUGGAGGAACCUCAGUCUGGUAUCAUGUUUUGUGGGGUGAGAAGAUCUUCUACCUGAUCAAACCCACUCCCACCAACCUUGCACUAUAUGAGGCGUGGAGCUCCUCACCCAAUCAGAGCGAAGUGUUCUUUGGCGACAAAGUGGAUAAGUGCUACAAGUGUGUCGUUACCCAAGGAACCACCCUGCUUAUCCCGACAGGCUGGAUCCACGGGGUUCUCACCUCUCAGGAUUGCAUGGCAUUUGGAGGGAACUUCCUUCACAACCUCAACAUUGGCAUGCAGCUCAGGUGUUAUGAAAUGGAGCGGCGUCUGAAAACCCCAGACCUCUUUAAGUUUCCCUACUUUGAGGCCAUUUGUUGGUAUGUGGCCAAAAACCUGCUGGAAAUGCUAAAAGAUCUGCGUGAGGACAACUGUCCGCCACCAACCUACCUGGUAGAUGGAGUCAGGGCUUUGAUCAGCGCGCUGAGGACCUGGUUGAAAAGAGAGGUGACGGAGCCCACCAGCGAGGUACCGGAUCACAUCCGGCCCAACCAUCUCAUCAAGGAGCUGACCAAGGAAAUACGCUACCUGGAGGAGGAACCAGUGAACGGGAGCAAGAACACGAAAUCUCAGGGAAGCGGAACGCUGCCUGGAUUGAACGGCUGCCUCACCAGCCGGGCCCUGGAGAGGCUGUGCCAGGCGCGGCAGGCGAGGAGAGCCGCCAGGCGGCUUAGGGAGCAGCAGCAGCAGGCGCCAAAGAUGCCCUCCAACCUGGACAUCUUGGAGCAACACACCAUGGAGGUGCUGAAGAGGGUGGAGGUGGGACCGCUGGAACAGGAUCCAGCGUUUUUCGCCAAGGUUCUUGGAAAGUUCAACAAAGUGUCGACGGCAUCAGCAGCAGCUGCUGCAGAGUCCCUGGAAGACAACCACCUUCGCCUCAUGCUGGUCAACGGCAGAAUCAUCCGCGAUCUGAGGCGAGCGGGGAGCAGCCCUGGAAAGACGGAGGCUGAGCAGGCUGCUGCCGGCCCACCAAAGAGCUGCCCGGACGUGAAGCUGGAGAGGACGGAGGGCAGCGCCGCUGAGAAGGCUCCUCUGUGUCCAGGAAGUCUGGAGACGGUGAAGAACGAACUCAGGGAAGAGGCGUCGGGACACUCCAGCGUCUCGGACCUGGAGUCAGACAGCGACUCUCCCUCAGAAAGCAAAGCUUUGUCGUCGUCGUCGUCAUCGUCCUCCUCUUCUGACGAUGAUUCUGAGAGUUCCCAGGAGGAGGAGGAGGAGGAGGAGAGGAGCUCAUCUCAGCAGACAGGCUCAGGGAACGGCUUCCUGCUGGACCAGUCGGCUCAGAAACUCAGGCACAAACACAAACCACUCAAAAGAGAACGUCCUACCUCACCCAGCACAGAAGAGGCCAUUCAGGGGAUGCUGUCCAUGGCGGGGCUGCUGUGCCCCUCAAACCAAGAGGAGGCGCCGUCGCCGCAGGAGUCCUGGUGGUCCAGUUCAGAGCAGCGCUCGCUCCAGGAGGCGGCCCAGCACCGACUGCAGGGAGGCCAGAGCCACAUGGACAGCCAGGGCAACAGCAGCAGCGAGGCCUGGGACAAUCAGGGGCUCCCCAGCCCCAACGCAGAGUACCAGUACUGUGACCCGUCUAUGUCUCCGCCGCUGCACCCUUCCAAGAGGAACGCCCCCAACCCUCCUCCCAUCAGCAACCAGGCCACGAAAGGUAAAAGGCCCAAAAAAGGAAUGGCGACACCCAAACAGAGACUUGGCAAGAUCCUCAAACUCAACAGACAGAGUCGAGUUUUUGUGUAACGCCCUCCCUCACCUGAGAGAAGAAACGGAAAACAUCAUUCUGGGUUAGGAAAAAAAAAAAAAACGGAAAA